UGUAAGUUUGUAAAAACCUCCUCCGUCCACACUAGUGAUAUUCUGAUCGCUCUCAUUCAUUCUAUGAAGCUUUUCAAAUGACAAGACCAAGCGGUUGACAGGAAUCCGGUGCCCAUUUCGUGCCAUUCAUUUUCUGAAUGGAUAUCCCUGCGCGCAGAAAGCGACUACUGACAGCCGUCUGAGGAGAUUCGGUCUUUUUUACAUUGUAUUUAUAUACUGUGGUGUUUGCUGAGAUACGAUGGAGGAAAUGGACCAUUUCAUGUAUGUUAGCUGCUUUAAAAGAGCUCUUCUGAUCACCCUGAUUCUCUUUACAAUGAGUGGAAAAGCAGCAGAUUUUUGCGGCAGCAUGGAUAUCCGUAAUGAUAUAUCCCAGUUUCACAAGCUGGAAAACUGCACUAUCAUCCAAGGAAACUUGCAGAUUCUGCUUAUGUUCAGCACCAAAGCAGAGGACUUCAGAGGACUCAGCUUCCCCCGCUUGACCAUGAUCACUGAAUACCUACUUCUCUUCCGUGUUUAUGGCUUAGAAAGUCUCCGGGUCCUCUUUCCAAAUCUUUCUGUUAUCAGAGGCACUGAUCUCUUCUUCCAUUACUCACUGGUGAUUUUUGAAAUGCCUCACUUGAGAGACAUUGGUCUCCACAGUCUCACCAACAUCCUACGAGGGGCAGCUCGUAUUGAACGCAACCAGGAACUUUGUCAUAUUAAUACAAUAGACUGGGCUCUGCUCUCCGACUCUGCUGAAAACAAUCAUAUAGUGGGGAACAAACCAGCAGAGGAAUGUGCUGAUGUUUGUCCUGGUAUACUUGAUACAGAGGAGACAUGUGUGCAGACGUCCAUAAAUGGAGUGUUGGAAGCUCGCUGCUGGACAUCCAAUUACUGUCAGAAAGUGUGCGACUGUGAUAAAGGCAUCACAUGCUCUAGCAAUGGUGAUUGUUGUCAUCAUGAGUGCUUGGGAGGCUGCAACAGGUCCGGAGACUCACAAUCCUGUGUCUCCUGUCGAAACUUCUAUUUCAAUGACCACUGCCUGCCCUCGUGCCCUGCAAACACCUUUGAAUAUGAAGGUUGGAGAUGUGUUACAGCAGAAUAUUGUGCUAGUCUGCGCAAGGUCACUGAGAACCCAAGAGAGUCUUCAAAGUUUGUCAUCUAUAAAAACCGAUGUCAGUCAGCAUGUCCACCUGGAUAUACAACGAAUGAGAGCAGCCUCCUCUGCCACAAGUGUGUUGGGCUCUGUCCAAAAGAGUGCAAGAUUGGAAUAAAAACUAUUGAUUCCAUUGAAGCUGCAAAGGAUAUAGCUGGCUGCACGUUGAUUGAAGGCAGUUUGAUUAUCAACAUCCGGAGGGGCUAUAAUUUGGCAUCAGAGCUACAGAGGAGCUUGGGGCUUAUUGAGACGAUCACUGGCUUCCUGAAGAUCAAGCAUUCCUUUGCUCUAGUCUCCUUAUCGUUUUUUAAAAACCUGAAGCUUAUCCGAGGGGAUUCCAUGGUAGAUGGGAAUUACACAUUGUAUGUCCUAGACAAUCAAAAUCUCCAGCAACUCUGGGACCCCAGUCAUGAGAACCUUUCUAUCCCAGUUGGGAAGUUGUACUUUGCCUUCAACCCAAAACUCUGCCUUUCUGAGAUCUACCACAUAGAGGAUAUCACUGGGACUAAAGGAAGACAGAACAAGGCCGACAUAAAUCCUCGUACCAAUGGAGACAGGGCCUCUUGCAAAACUCAUCAUCUGCAUUUUGUCACCAAUGUGACAGAAGCUGACCGCAUCUUCCUUAAAUGGGAGCGAUAUCAGCCUCCAGAUUACAGGGAUCUUCUGAGCUUCAUUGUUCACUACAAAGAAUCGCCAUUCCAAAAUGUAACCGAUUACCUAGGGCAGGAUGCAUGUGGCGCCAAUAACUGGAAUGUUGUAGAUGUGGAGCUGCCUCUAAAUAAUGACCAAGAACCAAGUGUGACGUUGCUGAAUCUAAAACCAUGGACUCAGUAUGCAAUAUAUGUACGUGCUAUCACACUGACAACAGAAGAGGAGGGACGGAACUUUGGAGCCCAAAGUGAUGUGGUCUACAUUCGGACAAAGCCAGCAGCCCCUACAGUGCCCCAGGAUGUCAUAAUUAUAUCCAAUUCCUCAUCAAACCUUAUUGUACGGUGGAAACCCCCAACCCAACGGAAUGGCAACAUCACAUACUACCUGGUUCUGUGGCAGCAGAUGUCAGAGGAUGCAGAAUUAUACAUCAAUGACUACUGUACCAAAGGCUUAAAGCUUCCUACGAGCAGUGCUGACACCAGGUUUGAUAAUGAUGAUGGUAACAGCCAAGAUUUUAGUCUGGACUCUGAAGAUAAGUGCUGCCCAUGCCACAAAAAUGGAGAUCAGGUCAUAGAUUUGGACGAGAGCUCAUUCCAGAAGAAGUUUGAGAAUUUUCUACGGAACACAAUAUUCAUUCCAAAGCCUCCUUGGAAAUUGACAUUAAUCAACAAGACCUAUCAGAGAUCCCCAAAGAAGAGAAGAAAUGCUCCAGGGACACAUGGCGAGGUCUAUGGCAACACAUCUUUUGCAGAUGGCACAGCAAGGCACACCAUCAACAACACAGGGGGCUAUUUUAAGCCAUAUACUAACAAGGACAAAAUUUUCCGGGACCGUAUGGUCAUAUCUAAUCUGAAACACUUCACAGAGUAUCGGGUUGAUAUCCAUGCCUGCAACCAUGCCGCUGACACUGUAGGCUGCAGUGCUUCCACCUUUGUUUUUGCCCGGACAAUGCAAAACCAUCAAGCAGAUAAUAUCCCUGGCAACAUCACAUGGAAUCCAUUGGGAAAAAAUACUAUUGUGCUGACAUGGGUGGAACCUCAAAAUCCUAAUGGACUCAUUCUAAAGUAUGAAAUUAAAUACAGGCGACAACAUGAGGAGGGGCCAUCAACAAUUGUGUGCGUCUCACGUCAUCGCUUUCAAAAAUAUGGUGGGGUGCAUCUCACUCUGCUACAACCUGGGAAUUAUUCAGCCUGGAUCAGAGCUACCUCGUUAGCUGGAAAUGGUUCAUGGACAGAUCCGAUUGUAUUUUUAAUACUUGGUGCUUUGGAUGAGCCGUCUGAUAACUUGUACAUGCUCCUCAAAGUAUUACCUAUUAUCCUCCUGGUGAUCAUCGCAUUGUUUGCUGUGUUUGUCUUCUUCUACAAUAAGAAAGGACAAAAUAGUGGCUAUCCCAAUGGAACCUUGUAUGCCUCUGUCAAUCCAGAAUAUUUCAAUACUUCAGACAUGUAUGUUCAAGAUGAGUGGGAAUUUCAAAGAGAAAAAAUUACUAUUCUUAAAGAACUUGGCCAAGGCUCUUUUGGAAUGGUUUAUGAGGGUGUUGCUAUGGAGAUUGUAAAAGGUGAACCAGUGACUAAAGUGGCUUUGAAGACUGUGAACGAGCUGGCUACUACGAGAGAAAGGAUUGAGUUCUUGAAUGAGGCAUCUGUAAUGAAAGCAUUUAAGUGUCACCAUGUGGUUCGUCUGCUUGGUGUUGUAUCUCAAGGGCAACCUGCAUUGGUUAUUAUGGAGUUAAUGACCAGGGGGGACCUAAAGAGCUAUCUACGUUCUCUGAGGCCAGAGGCAGAGAAUAAGAAUAAAAUGCCUCAGCCAUCCCUGAAGGAUAUGAUACAGAUGGCUGGUGAAAUUGCUGAUGGCAUGGCAUAUCUAAAUGCUAAAAAGUUUGUGCACCGAGAUUUGGCUGCUCGUAACUGCAUGGUGUCUGAGGACCUUACUGUAAAGAUUGGAGAUUUUGGAAUGACCAGAGAUAUUUAUGAAACAGAUUACUACCGGAAAGGUGGAAAGUCUUUAUUGCCAGUACGAUGGAUGUCUCCUGAAUCCUUAAAAGAUGGAAUCUUCACACCACACUCCGAUGUCUGGUCUUUUGGGGUUGUGUUGUGGGAAAUUGCAACCUUAGCAGAACAACCGUAUCAAGGUAUGGCUAAUGAGCAGGUUCUUCAUUUUGUGAUGGACAACGGGAUCUUGGAAAAGCCUGAAAACUGUCCUGACAGACUGCAUGAGUUGAUGCGCUGGUGUUGGCAGAAGAACCCCAAGCAGCGACCAUACUUUAUUGAGAUUCUUGAGAGUAUUAAAGAUGAGAUGAAACCCCAUUUCCAUGAAGCAUCAUUCUUCUUCAGCAAGAAUUGCAAGAGAAGAGGGUCCUCUGAAGCGUCAGAUGCAGAAGCAGAUCAGUCCAUUAAGGCUCUUCUGGAUGAAUCUCCCAACCCUUCUUUCACCCAUUUUUCUCCCUUGCGCAAAGCAGAAGAAGUAGAUUCAUUAAAUGCUAUAAACUCCAUAACGGAUGCUAGUAAAAAUGAAAACUCUUAUCAUAUGAAUGGGAGUGCAAAGCACUGAGCAAACCUGGUUCAUUUCAUUGCCUGUACUCAAAAUCGUUCAGAAGAUUACAGCAUGAAGUGACACACAAUAAAAAAGUGACGAACAAUAAAAGAAGUAUCACUAUUCAAGGAAUAUAGAUUUUUUUUAAAUAAAGUGAACAUUUUACACCUACAUCUCAUUUCAAGUCAGAUGUGCGACUUUUAUCCUAAUGCAUCUCAGAUUGUCUUAAUUCAUGUUAAGUGAAUGGAAUCAACUGGAAUUUUAGCAAUAUGUGUUGUGUUCCCAUAAACAUGGUUUUGCGAGCUUUCUUUGGUGAACAGAAAAAACAGGUGUUCUGAUAUAUAUAUUUUUUAUACUAAAUGUUAAUGUCAAAUUGACAUUGUGGGUGCUAGAUUUCGAUUGUGAUAUAGUGUUGAGAAUGUUUGUGGUGUCCAAGAGUAUAAAAAUGCUCAAAAGAUUAUGAUUUACUAAAGUUUGAGAAAUACUUUCUUUAAGUACGUGAAUUAAUUUAAAAACAGCAUUGAAAAUAAAUGCGUUAUUUUAUGUUUUAAAUUUACUUUUAGCAGUCAUUCCAAAAAGUAUAAAACAUUAGCUAGCUAAAAACCUCUAACAAAGCUAACAGAAAAGCUUGAUAUCUCAUCUCUACAUUUAGCAAAUCAAGGUUGUAUCAGUGAAAUACAAUUACAGUUUUAUCUGCUCGACUUAUUUUAUGAGUGAUAAGUCAUACUGCAGGGACCAUAUACCUAGCUUGAUUAAAGGAGCAUUCUAAAACAAAACUUAGAUGGUAAUUUAAAAAACAAUGAUUUUUUUUGCAUAACUGACUCUUCCUUACUCCGGCAAAUUGGUUAAGCACCAUAGGAAAAUGGGGGGCACAAGCAUCGCAAGUCUCAAGUGCUACAGCUUUUAAACAGAACUUUACCUAUGUGUAACGCCUUUGCGAGUUCGAAAUACCAAAAUGACAUGCACCGAAUUAGAGCACGUGAUUUUAGCAUUGACAUGUCCCUUGAAGCCAAGCUGACUUUUGUUGGAGUUUAUGAGUAGUUUAAUGCAAGUUAAAAUAAAUUAUCUUUGCACUUUAUACAAAAGGCACUUGAGAGCAAAUGUAGCAAUAUGUUUAACUUUAAUUCAAUGAGUAAAAUGUACACACUGAAUUAUGGUUUUUAGAGCAUCUGUUAAAUAAAGUCUAGGGUAAGCUUGUAUUAAAAGUCAAACUUGGAAAGAUAA